GGGAAAGACGUGGAGGUGACCAUCACGAAGAUACAUUAUCCAUGUCACAUUUGCAAGUUGCAAUUCGAGUGUGGGAAAGGGUGUACUUGGCACUGAAGUUCCGCGAAGGUUGUUUCACUGGUGGGGUGAGAAAUUCGAGGGUGGAGACUCAAUUGUUACACUCCACUUUGACUGCGGGAAUGACUUACACUCAAUUGAAUAAUCUACUGCUGGGCUUAGGGAUGAGGAAGGUAAGGAAAGAAACUUUCUAUAAUUUCUUCCGUGAGGACGGCCCAGGUUCCCGACAGUGGCUGCGACACGUCGAACGUGUUACUCAAAAGAGCUUCGACAAGGUCAUCGCCCGAUUGCGCAGCUCGAACGAUCCAAUCAUCGUUUUGGUGGACGGCCGUUACGAUUCGUCUCGUGACGCUCAGCAUUGUACGGUGACGGCGGUGGAUUUGAAGUCAGCAAUGAUCGUGGGGACGGAGACCAUGCUCUGGAGGAGUGAGCCGUCUUGGAAGUUGGAAACACAGUGUGUGGAGAAACUGCUUCAUCGGUUGAAGGACGAGAAGAACCUCAUCAUCGCAAAGGUUGUGCAUGAUGAUUGUGGCGCGGUUGACAUCAUAUUACGGCGAAUGAACAUUGACUGGCAAAAGUGUAUGUGGCAUAAGGCGAAGACUUUGGUCAAACGCUUGCGAGAGGAUGAACACGGCACGAAGACUGUCAAACCAGCUGUGGUCAGGGCUUGCGAGCAUGUGCGCGAGGUGAAGUGUUUCACAAAGAGCGAGCUCGAACUUUGGCUCGAAACGAAAAGGGUGUGCGUGGCCGGGGUGUCCAUGAAAAAAAAGGAUAAACUCGUUGAGAUUGUUUGGGGUGUGCUCUUCCCCAACGAAGCAGGGAAGGCGUUGCCAGAUGAUGUCGUCGAGAUCGACGCGUUGCAAACACUGCAUUGCAAUGCGGCGGAGGAGGCGAAGGAGUGGUUGUACGGCGCUUGCAGGUUGCGCGAGCGCGCAAGGGAUGACGAUGGCGAUGUGUUGGCCACUCAUAUGCAACACCUCGCCAAUCACUGGGUCGGGGAUCAUUCCCGUUGCGAUAAUGAGUUGUCCAACCUGUGCAAAGCGGCCGGUGGUCCGGACAGAGAGUCAUUGUACGAGGCGGGGGGACGUGUUCAUUUGGCCAUCGCGCGGUGUCUUGAACAGUUCGCUUCCAAUACGAAGAUGGCGUACUACACACGUGCGAGGAUGACCUUCAACAACGAGUGCUUCCACUCUAUGAUCAACAAGUACUGCACGAAACGCCUGAACUUCCCCAAGUCAUAUGAGGCGCGUGUGUGUUGCACCGCUUUGGAGUGGAACAAAAACAAACGAAUCAAGCGAUUGCGCACAGUAUUCCGCAAACCGAUAAACGUAACCCAUCGACGUCGCUCCGCACGACAGCAUAUAUACGCUGCCCGGGAUACCUCGUGGCGCUUCGACAUUGCAACAGAAGUUUUCGGCAGCCCUCGUGUUGGAGACGGGGCACGUAACAUGUUGCAGCAAUCGGAUGUCGACGACCCAGUUAUUGAGCAUUAUGAUGAGGAAGCUGAUUAUGGACUCCCUGAUGUCGUUGAUAGUGCGGUGGAGGGUGUUGUGGACGAAGCUGACAAUGUUUCCGUAGAGCCGGGAAGCGAAACUGCUUCAGAUGACGAAAAAUCGUCUUCCGACUCCGACAACGAUGGUGCCGCUCACCGCCUCGACUUUGACGGUGUCGUGCUUUCGCAGGAGGUGUCCGUUGCGCAGGAGUGAUCGUGUCACGUACUACAUGGAUGCCAUUGUCC